AUGUGCCAUUCCACCGGGAACGCCACCGGGAACGCCGCCACUCCGCCGGGAUCCAGGCCGCUGAUUGUUAUCGCCGGGAUCGUGCUGAGACGCCACUUUCCGCCUUUAUCUGCCUUUCCGCUGCUCGUCCCGCUCUCUCACUGUUCCCCUCUCUCUCGCCGUUCCCUGCUCUCUUGCUGGUCCCCUCUCUCGCCGUUCCCCGCUCUCUCGCCGUUUCUCUCGCCGUUUCUCUCGCCGUUUCUCUCGCCGUUUCUCUCGCCGUUCCCCUCUCUCUCGCCGUUCCCCCCUCUCUCGCCGUUCCCCCCUCUCUCGCCGUUCCCCCCCUCUCUCGCCGUUUCUCUUGCCGUUCCCCUCUCUCUCUCUCGCCGUUUCUCUCGAGCCGUUCCCCUCUCUCUCGUGCCGGUCCCCUCUCUCGCCGGUCCCCUCUCUCGCCGGUCCCCUCUCUCGCCGGUCCCCUCUCUCGCCGGUCCCCUCUCUCUCACCGCUCCCCGCUCUCUUGCCGUUCCCCUCUCUCUCACCGUUCCUCGCUCUCUCGCCGCUCCCCUCUCUCUCAUCUAA